AGCAACAUGACCAUGUAACCCGGACCCGGAGAGAGAGAGAGAGAACCUGGACCCGGAUAAGAAGGCAGGCCCACGUUAUAUCCUGACUAAUAACCUGGAAUAAGAGUUUGUAGUUUAACGGUGUUAUAGUGAUGGGAGAGAAGGAGCAGUACGAUCUGUUCAACACAGCUGAGACAGCAGCUCUAUACUCCAAACAUCAACCCCCUCUACAUCACCAGGCUAUAGAUGUUGUACUAUCCGCUACACAGGGACGGGAACAACUCCUAGACAUUGGUUGUGGAUCAGGGAGUUCCACCCGACCCUUUUGUUGUCACUUCUCUAAAGUAGUAGGGGUAGACUACAGUCCUACACAGAUUACCCUCGCUAAAACACUGUCAGCCGAGGUCUCUAAUCUACACUUCCAUCAGGGUUCCAUCUAUGAACUGCCAGUUCCCAACCGAUCAGUCGACUGUAUCCUUGGAGUCAUGAUAGCUCAGUUUAUAGACUUACCUCAGUUCUUCGAGGAAGCUAAGCGUGUCUUGAAGCCGGGUGGAGCACUCGUGUUUCACGGCAAGUGCUCUCCUAAAGUCGUUGAAAUCGAAAGAGAAACCGAAUCUAAAUCAGAAAGUGAAACCGCAACCACUGUCAGUGAGUUAAACCAGCGAAUCGAGUACAUCAAAACACAACUCUUCUCCGGUCUAUUCCACGACCGUACCACCUUCAACCCCCACAAAUACACAAACAUCCCCCCGCUCUACCCUAACCAGGAACCGACCCGGAAAGAGUGGACAACAUCCUACUGGUCCACAAUCCCCCAACUGGCCGACUACAUUCUAACUUGGUCAGCAGCGGGGAAGUACUGUGAGAAACACAGUGUCAGUAGUGGUGAACUGAGGGGGAAGUUGGUGGAGAUGUUGGGGGAUGUAGGGGUGGUCAGGGUCAGGUGUGAGGCUGGUAGGUUCACUUGGUGCUCUGUUAAUUAUCAAGAUUAAUCGGUUAGUUAAUUAAUUAAUUAAUCAGAUGUUUGGAUUAUUUGGUGAUUGGGAAGCUUUUGUCGUUAGAGGGGACUUCUUCCUCUCUAUCAAUUUUACGUAUCUCUAUCGAUCAGUUUUUUUAUGACAUGAUAUUUUUAGGCAAUUUGGUAAUCUAUCUAAGCACACUUUGGGCACAAAAUUGUAUUUCUUGGGGCACACUUGGUGCAAAAAGUUACUUGGGGCACACUUGGGGCAUAUGCAGUUGGGGCACAGUUGAGGCAA